CGGGAUGCUGUUCAGCAGGGGCAGGGGGCGCAGCCAGCACAGAAGCUUGGCAGCGGCGUCAACGGCGUCAACGACUAUGGCGCCGCCAGCCCUUCGACAAUCAGCCUUAACGAUGGUCAUGGGGCCAGCGGGAUACUGUUCAGCAGGGGCAGGGGGCCGCAGCCAGCACAGCAGCUUGGCAGCGGCGUCAACGGCGUCAACGACUAUGGCGCCGCCGGCCCUUCGACAAUCAGCCUUAACGAUGGUCAUGGGGCCAGCGGGAUACUGUUCAGCAGGGGCAGGGGGCCGCAGCCAGCACAGCAGCUUGGCAGCGGCGUCAACGGCGUCAACGACUAUGGCGCCGCCGGCCCUUCGACAAUCAGCCUUAACGAUGGUCAUGGGGCCAGCGGGAUGGGGGGGCGCAGGGGCGGGGGGGCGCAGCCAGCACAGCAGCUUGGCAGCGGCGUCAACGGGGUCAACGACUAUGGCGCCGCCGUCCCUUGGACAAUCAACCUUGACGAUGGUCACGGGGCCAGCAGGAUGCAGUUUUGGGGGGCUACAAUGUAUGUGUUGAGCCCUGUACCGUGAUAACCGUAGCUACAAACUAGUUCGGAUCUGUUAGCUUAGGGUUUCUCAUGUGGCACGACAAAUCUAAUUGGUCGUCACUUGCAGUCGUCCUGUAGGUUCAAAGGACCUGGGUGUAUGCAUUUUAACUCUUGAAUUUUGCUUAUGCUUUAAUUCAUCAUGCGGCUG